GGAGGAACUCGCUCCAGGGCGGAGCCAUUUAGGGCUUCGAGGAGCCGCGCCAUCUCGCACCCGCCGCAUUGUAGGACGCGCCGCCGGCCGACGCCGCUCGGCGACCGCGGAGCCAUGUCGCCCUUGAACCAGGAGAGGUGGCGGCGGCUCUUCUUGAGGAGGGCACGGCGUGGAAGGUGCCAAUGAUUCUUGGACCUGCACGACGGACCCGGCCAGGUUCGCCUACGGAUGCUGCUGCCCCGUGUGUUUCGUGUACACGCAGAGGAAGGAAAUCCUGGAGGUGACCGGGGAAAAGUACAUAUGCUGCGGUGGCAUGUACCCAUGCUGGAAGCUGGGCGAGCCCUGCGACGUGAACUGCCUGUUCGUGGAGGCCUGCUGCUGCACGGGUUGUGCCGUGGGCGGCAACCGCUGGAUGCUGCAGAGCCGCUUCCUGAAGCAGAACGACGCGUGCGACGACUGCAUCAUCUGUUGCAACGCGGCCCUGGCCUGCAUGGCGUGCAUCCUCCAGGUUGCCGGAGCCGACGAUGACCUCGUCGAUGCCGUCCAUUGCAUAUCUGAGCUCUUGAAUUGCGCCGUCACCGGUUGCAUGCUCACUCAGCAUCAGAUCGAGAUCGAGAGUAUCAAGGAGGGAAAUGUCCAAGUGGAUGUGCAGAAGAUCCUCUCUAAACUGCCGCCCAAACAGCAGGAGAUGAUCAAGGUGCGCUGAGCUAGCGCAAUCAGGCUGUCGUGAGAGAUCAGGGCGCGUGCUGCUGUUGACUGGUCCUGAUAGGGGCAAAGACGUCGACAUCGUGGUCCCCAUCAUCUGUAGGCACCGCGAACGCGUGCA